AGGCCGUUGAUGGGCUUCAACGGUAGCUACCGCCCCCCGCUCCUGUUCCUGCUCGGGGCUGUUGGAGGCGGCGGCGAUCGGUCUGCGGCGGUUUCUUUCCGGCACCUCGCGCUGCUCCUCGUUCCCGGGGCCGCCUUGCAGGAGGACGAUGACAAUCUUUGCAAACUGUGUGUUUUUUUUUAAAGUGAAGCACUUACCUAUUCAGGAGAAGAAUAGGCUGAAAACAUGCAUUAAAGAAAAUGGUGGAGUAAUUCAUUUUGUGCUUGAUCGCAAGUGUACACAUGUUGUUGUGGAUACUGUUAAUGCCCUCAGCUCUCGUCAUAUAAAAGUUAUUCGGAAGUACCAGCUCCCUGUUGCAUGUGUAGAUUUUGUAUGGAAAUCAGUUGAAAGGGGGAAACUUCUACAAAUUGAUGCCUAUGAGGAUAAUAAAUUACAAGACAACACUUUUAACCAAGAGCUAGAUAGUCAUGGUAUGGAAGACCUGUCAUCUUCUGAGAAUAAAAAUGCUACUGAGAAAAAUGAAAACAAUGACUUAAAUCCCAUUAUUACUGAAGAAAGUAAGAGCAGAACUGAGUCCGAAGCAGGGAUUCUCAGAUUUUACACAGAAGAUGAUCAAGAUAUUCCUUUUUUUCCUCAAGAUUUUGAAGUUGCAAAAUACAAUGUGCUUGAAAAAAUUUACUCCAAGGAGAGCAAAGAUAUUGUGGUUAUUGAAUUACAGUGUUCCAAAGAACGUUGUGAGUUUCCGUUUCGAGUGUGUGCACACUUUAGUGCAUCAAAUGGAUCCAAGAGCAAUAAACAAUUCAUAAUAACUAAGACUGCUGAAGAAAUAAGAGAAAACUAUGAGACUUUCAUUGCAGACCUGAAGAGCCAGGAUUUCCUAUUAAGAGAAACUUUUCCACCCGAAGCAGAAUCUUUAGCUUCUACAAAAUUGCAAAAGUUACUUCUAGAAGAAGCCAUAAAUCCAAGUGCUUUAUGUCAGGAAGUUAGCAAUUUUGUGGAAUUGAUCUGGGCAGAAGCUCUCGGCCACCUGGAUAGUUUACUGCUUGAACCAAUAAAAAACAUAAGCCUCAAUGAUGUGAGCAAAGCAGAAGGUAUUUUACUCCAGAUAAAGAAUGCACUGGAUGAGGGAGCAGAUAAGGUGGCACUGCAAGUGAUGAUAAAGGAAUUUUAUCAAGUUAUACAUCACAAAACUGAAACAGACUAUAAUGUUUCCAAAAAGCUGUUAUCUAGUAAACAGGACCUUUGUCAGCUAAUCCGAGACAUGCUUAAUAUACGUGAAACAAAUAUGUCAUGCCCAAACCCAUCAUCUUUGGCCAAAUACCAGGCUCUAAGGUGCAAGAUUGAAGCCGUUGAUGCAGAGAGUUAUGAAUUUCUCAAUGUUGAAGAGCAACUGUUAAAAAACAAUCACAAUGACUGUCCAGUGAGAAUUUUAGAAGUAUAUAGGGUCGGCAGAAUAGGUGAAACAGCAGAAUUUCUGAGCAGUCUUGGAAAUACUCAGUCACUGUUCCAUGCGUCACCUGUACACAACUUUGUGGGAAUUCUUUGCAGAGGACUGCUUAUGCCAAAAGUGGUCGUUGAAGAUCAUGGCCUCAAAAGAACUGACACUGGGAAUCUGGGCAGUGGCAUUUACUUCAGUGAUUCUAUUAGUGCUAGUAUUAAGUAUUCUUCACCCAGUGUGAUGGAUGGAACUCGACUUCUGGCAGUUUGUGAUGUGGCACUUGGCUCCUGCUUGGAUUUGUAUCAACGAAAUUUUUCAUUAAAUAGUGCACCAUCAGGUUAUGACAGUGUGCAUGGAGUCCGUAAAGCAGCAGAUGUCUCUUCAGAUUUUGAGGAUGAUGAAUUUGUUGUGUAUAAAACCAAUCAGGUUAAAAUUAGAUUUGUUGUUAAGUUUUGUGUUGCUGAAGACCAAAUAAAACGAUUUCAGCCUGGAAGUAGGGUGGGACUGGAGCAAGAUCAGCCAGUGUCACAACAUCCUUUACAGCAUGAGAGCUAUGCCCUACCAAGUGUGAAUCUUCUGAAUGCUGUAAAAACUGGUCUUCAGGACAGAUUGGGAAAUCCUGUCCCUCUAAAAAGUGUUAACAUCAAGGGAAAGAUAAUAGACUUUGUAGCACAGGUAGUGAUGUUUCAGACUUACACCAAUCAAAACAGUGGUCCGAUUGAAGCUAAAUAUGUCUUUCCUUUGGAUGAUAAAGCUGCUGUGUGUGGAUUUGAAGCUUUUAUCAAUGGAAAACACAUCAUUGGAGAGGUUAAAGAAAAGAAACAAGCACAUUGGGAAUAUAGCAAAGCUAUCAGUCAGGGUGAUGGAGCUUAUCUAAUGGACCAGGAUGCACCGGAUAUUUUUGUAAUAAGUGUUGGAAACUUACCUCCCAACUCUACAGUUCUCAUCAAAAUCUCCUAUAUCACUGAACUGAGUUUUCAUAAUGGCUGUAUCUCCUUUCAUUUGCCUGCUUCUGUGUCACCAUGGCAACAGGACAAAGCAUUAAAUGAGAACACACAGGAUACAGUAAAAAAGAUUUGUGUUAAACAAGUAGAUACACGAAAGAAUGAGUUUUCCUUGGACAUGUCUAUUGAGAUGCCAUAUAGUAUUGAAUGCAUACAUAGUUGGACACAUGAACUUAAAAUAAAGAAAACAGAUUGCAAGGCUGUAGUUAAGACUCUGGAGAACAGCUCCUUGGAUGUUAGUGGCUUUGCUCUAGAAGUCUGGAUUUCACAAGUCUAUCUACCCCGAAUGUGGGUAGAGAAGCAUCCCAACAAAAGGAGUGAGGCUUGCAUGCUUGUAUUCCAACCAGAGUUUGUAACAGCAUCUGAAGAAGUGCAGCUGUCCAAUGAAAUUAUUAUUUGCUUAGAUUGCUCCAACUCCAUGGCAGGUUCAGCCCUGCAGCAGGCAAAGCAGAUUGCUUUACAUGCUUUGGAACAGUUUUCUUUAAGACAAAGAGUGAAUGUUGUCAAAUUUGGCACAAAUUUCACAGAAUUUUCUUCAUUUUCGAAGAACAUCUUGGAUGAUUUGGCAUCACUGAAGGAGUUUAUUACAUCUGCCACUGCAACAUUGGGAAACACUGAGUUAUGGAAGGCCUUACGUUACUUUAGUCUGCUUUUUCCUUCUCAAGGGCAACGUAACAUUCUUGUUAUAUCUGAUGGACACAUUCAGAAUGAGAGUGUGACCUUCCAGAUUGUGAAAGAUAAUGUCCAACAUACCAGGUUAUUUACUUGUGGGGUUGGUUCCACAGCAAAUCGUCAUAUGCUGAGAUCUUUGUCCCAGUAUGGUGCUGGAGCAUUUGAAUACUUUGACCCGAAAUCAAAGUAUAACUGGGAGGAAAAGAUACAGAGCCAGGUAUCUAGAAUAUUUUCUCCAGGAUGCAGUUCUGUUUCUAUUAAAUGGCAACAGUUUGAUAAAAAUGCACCAGAGCCAAUGCAGGCUCCUGCUCAAAUACAGUCUUUAUUUAACAAUGAGAGGCUUCUUGUCUAUGGAUUCAUCCCUCACUGUACUCAGGCCACUUUAAGCACAGUAAUAAAUGACCAAGAACUACAAACAAUGGUGUCAACUACUGAACUACAGAAGACGACAGGAACAGUGCUGCACAAACUCACAGCAAGAGCUUUCAUUAGAGACUAUGAAGAUGGGAUUCUUCAUGAGAAUGAAACAGAACAUGAGAUGAAGAAGCAAAUCUUGAAAAACAUGAUUAUUCGUCUCAGCUUGGAGAACUCAGUUAUAACCCAGUUUACAAGCUUUGUUGCAGUUGAGAGAAGGGAUGCUAAUGAAAUUUGUUCUGCUGAUGUUCCAAACAUCUUGGAAAUUAUAGCUCAAGAAGAUGUAGAUUUUUUACCUUACAUGGACUGGGAGGAAAAGUCAACCGAAUCUGGCUUCUUAUUUUCUGAAGGAUCUGACCUUGACAUCCAGUUAGAUUCUGCACCAGCAGGUGGUGUUUGUUCAAAUGCUUUUAUAAAUGGGAGAGAUGAACCUAAAAGCUUUCAACCUGAAGAAGUUGUUUCUGUUACUCAAAAGAGCAUCUUGCCAAAAUAUAUGGGACAAGGCUUUACAGAGGCUCCUGAACUUGAUAGUCUCAAAUUAAAUUUGAGUUUUUAUACUGACUUCACGAAGGAGACAUCUUUGGGAACAAGGUCAUCUUCACCAGAUGAGCUUCCUCUGCUGCACACUGAUGAAGGUUCCUUAUUUGGUUCUAAACCUGAGGCCAAAGCAAGAUUCACUCACACUCGUAGAAAAUCACGUCAGAUGUCUGCAUUUCGAAAGUUAGGCACUUGUGCAGAUGUUCCUGAACUUCCCUGUCUCUCUCCUCUUCCAUGUCUUCCUCCAGUUUGUGGACAGCUUGGUCAUGCUCCUGUUGCUCAGAUACAGCAUUCUGGAUUGUUUGGUUCACCUACUCCUCUAGGCGCAACUUCUGAAAAGAAUAAUUUUGAAAAACUAGUUACUCCCAGAUUGCCUGGUUUCCAAGCUUGUCAAAGAGCAGCAUUACCAAGUGCACCACCUCUAGCAGGGAGUUUACCAAGUGCAGUAGUUCGGAAUGGUGUUAUGGCUUCUGAGAGAGGAUUUACUGAAGGAGUUAAGAAUGUCUGUUUUUUGACAGCACAGAAAGAGAUCAUUAAACAAAAAUCGUUGACUUCUGUAAACUGGAAUGAAAUUUUUGACCUUCAAAAUCAGGACGGCUCUUGGAAUCUCAGUCCACAGUUGGGAAAAAUCUUAAAAUUUGACGUUGAUUAUUUAAUUAAUGAUUUCCUUAUUGGAAAAGGCAUUCAGUCACUUGGUAAAAAUGGAAAAGAAAAGAUACUGCAGUUGAUUGCUACUCUUCUUGUGCUACAGUUCAUACGCUGCACACAGCAACUGAAAGGGAUAGUCUUCAAAUCACUGAUGAAACUGGAUGAUUUAUCAACUUCAAGCACUGUUCAUUGGGCUUUUGAGUUGAUCAAGAAAGCAGUAGAGUGGGUAAGAAGAGUUGAGAGACGAUUUCCAGCUAUUUGCUAUCGACUUGAACUUGGCAAGGACUGGGAUUCUGCCACCAGGAAGAUACUGGGUAUCAAGUUUAACUAGCAUCAAUUCUCUUUCUAAUUAAAAUAUGUAAUCACAUCGUAAUUCUUUAAGAUAACAGCCGAGUUAGCUUUCCUUGCAAUUUUAUGUAAAAUGUUUUAAAUUAGGACAUUUGAUCCUCUAUUAUUCUUGAAUAAUAGUUUUCAUAGUGAUAGGCUUCAAUUAAAGGCAUGGAGAUACGGGAUUUUCUAAUAAGUCUUAAUUUUACAUAUGUAGUAUUUUACUAGGCAUAAACUUACCUGUAAGGUAAGGCGUAACUCUGUUAAAUACCUUAAGUAAUUAAUUAUUUGACAUCUCUCUGGUUCAUUGCACAUUAUUAGUGCUUUAAUAAUGUCUUUGAUGUCUCGAUUUCUUUCAAAUUCAUAUACUUUAUUAAUGGUACUGUGUAAAUAAAGUGUAACGUGAUACCAACUCAAUUAAAAAAUACUGCAGUGUAUGUUUUGACAGAUAUUAGAAUGUGUUUAAGGAAGAACUAAUAAAUAUUGUAACAUA